AGAGGCUGAGCUUCCAUGUACAGUAUAACUUAAAUAGGAUGCAAGCUUAGCAGUUGAUAUCGGAUGCCUAUUGGCUAGUUGGGUGUUGCGUAACUUUCCUGCGUGCAACGCUUUCUGUCAAAAGCAUAUGGACUGGCGACCACUUUGUCGGGCCAACUUGUAACUCUUAAGAAUAACAAGCAGGUGCUUGCAAUAUGCUUGGCCGCUUGGCAAAAGGGGUGGGUGGGCUUGCAAAGGGAGUAGCUGGAAAAGCGCUUGGGGAGGCACGGGCGGUACUAACAGCGGUCCCAAACGAUGAAGCCGAGGUGGAAGGGCUGCUGCAGCGCAUCUCGGACUCGCUGUUGCCUGAGUACCGACGACAAGCAGUAUCGCAGCUUAAGGACUUGCUCUAUGAUAAUCCAAAGGCCCAGCUCGCCUUCGGCUCCAUGGGGCUGCCGGUGCUGCUGGGCGUGCUGCGUGACGACCGCGACGACAUCACGCUGCUGGCGGGGGCGCUGGAGGUGCUGCUGGCGGCCACCACCACACCGCCCAGCAUAGCAGCGGCAGCAGCAGCAGCGGCAGGGGGGGCGGCAGGGCGGCAGCAGCUGCCUCCGGGUGUGAGCGCUGCGGAGGCCCAGGCCGCCUGCCUGACCGCCGACCUGCUGUCCCGGCAGCGCGAGCACGUGGGGCUGCUGCUGGGGCUGCUGGAGGAGGAGCCGGUGGGGGUGCCCGACUUCUACGUGCGCUACCACACCGUGCAGCUGCUCACACAGCUGCUCAACCACUGCCCCGCGCGGCUGCAGGACGCUAUCCUGGCCACCCCCAUGAGUGUCGUACGACUGACGGAGCUGCUGCGGGAGCGAUCCGAGGUGAUCCGCAACGAGGCGCUGCUGCUGCUGGCCGCACUCACCCGCGGGGAGGGGCGCCAUGCAGGCGGGCAGCCGGGGGCAGCUGCAGGUGGAGGAGGAGGUGCAGGUGGAGGCGGCAGUGAGGUGCAGAAGAUCGCCGCGUUCGAGGGCGCGUUCGACCGGGUUGCGGAGCUGCUGCGGGAGGAGGGCGGGCUGGAGGGAGGCAUGGUGGUGCAGGACUGCCUGGAGCUGAUGCGCAACCUGCUCCGCGGCAAUCUGGCCAACCAGCGCCUCUUCCGGGAGAUGGGCCACGCAGCCGCCCUGCCGCCCCUGCUGGCGGCCGCGCUGCCCACCGCUACCGCAGCAGCAGGCGGCCGAGACAGCGGUGUUGGCCGUCCCGGCGGCGGGCGAGACGGGAGUAGCAGCAACAACAACAACUACGACCCUUUCUCCGCCCCCGCCGCGGGUCCCAUUCCCUUCCUCAGCCACGGCGGGGACCACGGCGACGAUCCGUUUGGUGGUAUGCUGGGAGGUGGAGGAGCAGGAACAGGGGGUGGUGGUGGUGGUGAGGACGGUGGGG